UACGAGGCCCUCUCGUACGUCUGGGGCAGGCCGCUCCUCAGUCAGAGGAUCCAGGUCAACGGCCAGCCCUACUGGGUGACGGAGUCGGUGUACCAGGUCCUGUGUCGCCUCCGACGGCCACGUUCCACCCGGACAGUCUGGAUCGACGCGCUCUGCGUCAACCAGGCUGAUUUUGCCGAGCGUGGGGCCCAGGUGUUGUUGAUGACGAGGGUGUACGAGGAAGCGACCAGGACGAUCGUGUGGUUGGGCGAGAAGGCAGCGCCGUGGGGGUCGGCAUCGACGCUGCGGCCCUUGAAAAUUGGCUAUGGAGAUGUUCGGGUCAUCAGUCAGAUCCUGAAGAACCCCUGGUGGACGCGGGUCUGGGUCAUACAGGAGCUCGUGCUGGCCAGGCAGGUCGUUAUGUGCUGUGGGCCGCACUCGAUCACUUGGGACAACUUC